GUUGUGCCUUUGUGAAGUUCCAGACGCAUUUUGAAGCACAGGCUGCAAUAGGCGCGCUGCAUGGGAGCCGAACGUUACAGGGGGCGUCGUCGAGCCUGGUGGUGAAGUUUGCAGACACUGACAAAGAGCGGACUCUCCGUCGGAUGCAGCAGGUGGCGGGACAGUUGGGAAUGUUCAGUCCGAUGGCUGUGCAGUUCGGAGCCUACACUGCGUACACUCAGGUGCAGCUGAUGCACCAACAAGCCGCUCUGAUGGCUGCGGCACAGAGCACUUACCUGAACCCCAUGGCCGCGGCUAUACAAAUGCAGCAGGUCCCGACCAUCAACCCCAACAGUCUGCUUGCAAGCCCACUCACUUCCACAUCAGGUACCAGUACACCUCCAGUUAUCCCAAGUGCCCCUGUACCAGCCAUUGCUCCGCCACCCCUCACUGUGAAUGGGUAUAAUCAGAUCACAGCACAGACAAACGGGCAGACCACAUCUGAAACUAUCUACACAAAUGGAGUUCAUUCAUACACAGCACCGAGCCAGGCAGCUGCAGCGACCAGCAUUGACCCCCUACAACAGGCUUACACAGGAAUGCAACACUACACAGCUGCAUACCCAGCCACUUAUGGGGUUGUAAGCCCGGCAUUUCCACAGCAACCAGCCCUGGUAUCUCAGCAACAGCAGCGAGAAGAGUCUGAACUGACUGGGAGCCUGUGGGUGGGAAGGGAGGAGGGCGAUAGUAGUGGAGGGGGGGAAGAGAGAGGUCCACCCAGGUUAAAGGGACGUGAUGGCCUAGUGGUGUUAUUCGCUGGCCUAUAA